ACGUUGCCAUUUAAAGGCAAGCGCUUAUUGCCAACUCUUUAAUAAAGUUGCUUUCCAAACUGCGCACAGCGACCUAUGCAUGUAGUCACGCCGUCAGUUUAGUUUCGUAUUUCUCACAUUCCAGUCUCCUUUUCACCUUUUAAUUGUAGGCCUCCCGCGGGACUCGGGAGUGGCUUUUUUUUGUGACCUCAGGGUGCGCCCUGAGCGGCUGACGCGCAGAGCUGCGCAAUGAUCGAGGGUGAGCGCAUAGGUGGGAUCUGGAACAAUGGGUGUGUAGCGACGAAAGAGACGCAACAACCAAAGAGAGAGCUUCUCCUACACGUUUGAUUGGAUUUUUAAUGAAUAGGAUGUCCAAGCGAGUCCGACCCGGUUAUUACCGCCAGGACGUCAACAAAACCUCAUGGGAAGUACCGGAGCGGUACCGGGAGCUGAAGCAGGUGGGGACGGGGGCUUACGGGACGGUGUGCUCAGCUGUGGACUCCAGAACUGGAACCAAAGUGGCAAUCAAGAAGCUGUACAGACCUUUCCAGUCGGAGCUCUUCGCUAAGCGGGCCUACAGGGAGCUGAGGCUUCUCAAACACAUGAAACAUGAAAACGUGAUUGGCCUAUUUGAUGUUUUCACCGCUGACCUCUCUCUGGACAGAUUCCAUGACUUUUACCUGGUGAUGCCGUUCAUGGGGACAGAUCUGGGGAAGCUGAUGAAGCUGCAGAGGCUGUCUGAAGAGAAAAUUCAGUAUUUGGUUUAUCAGAUGCUCAAAGGGCUAAAGUAUAUCCAUUCUGCUGGAAUAAUUCACAGGGACCUCAAACCAGGAAAUCUUGCCAUCAACCAAGACUGUGAGCUCAAGAUCUUGGACUUUGGUUUGGCGCGGCAAGCAGACAUCGAGAUGACGGGGUAUGUGGUGACCCGCUGGUACAGAGCCCCGGAGGUCAUCCUGAGCUGGAUGCACUACACGCAGACUGUGGAUAUUUGGUCUGUGGGCUGCAUCAUGGCGGAGAUGCUGCAAGGAAAACCCCUUUUUAAAGGCAGUGACCACCUAAAUCAGCUGACUGAGAUCAUGAAACUCACAGGAACACCGACCCAGGAAUUUGCAUCAAAACUAGAAUCUGACGACGCCAAAGGCUACAUCAAAAGCCUUCCAAAAGUGGAGAAGAAAGACCUUCAGAAUGUGUUUCCUACAACUAAUCCACAAGCCGUGUCCGUGCUGGAGCGCAUGUUAUUGCUUGAUCCGGAGAGCAGGGUAACCGCUGCAGAGGCUCUCACAAUGCCUUACUUCUCUGAGUUCAGAGAACUGGAGGAGGAGACGGCAGCACAGCCGUAUGACCACUCGUCAGACAACACCGACCAGCCCUUGGACCUGUGGAAACGGCACACCUUCACGGAGAUCUUGACUUUUAAACCCGUUGUGCCGGAUUCCAAGGAAACUGCACUGUAAGACACACACAGUGUUGGUGGUGCAGCGCGGGACCAGAACAAAGUAUCAUGUCUUUUUUUUUUUUUUAUCUUGAUGUCAACUGCGAGAACGCUUUGAUCACAAAGCUCUCUGAAUGCCUGUGGAUCCAGUUCACAAUUCACUUGAUAAGAUUUGGAUUUGUCAUUCAGUGCCAGUAGCUUUCUUCCUGACAUUAGCAUCAGACCUUUCCAUCGUCUCCUACAUUGCUGAGGAUGAUAGUUCAGGUCAGAUAAUAAUAUUAUUUCAUGAGUAACUUGCUUAUCAAAGAUAUAUGGGGUGUAUUACUUGAGGUACUAAGUUAAAUUCACUUCAGUGGUACAUAUAUCUUGUAUGAUGUUUUUUUUUAAAUUUAGACUAGCUGCUUAUUUUUUUUGCAAUGUUUUGUGAAGUAGCUUCCCCUUAAGUAACUACAUUUAAAUGGCAUUAUUGGGAUGUGUGUGUGUGUGUGUGUGUGUGUGUCUGUGUGUAGUCUACAUGCUCUGACCUCGUUAUUUCUCCCAGAGGCCUUAAGAGAACGACAAAACAAAAACACUGCCCAGCUGCUGUUCGUACGAAAUCCAUCCCAGCAGGUUGUGCACAUUGCAACAUUCACUUUGUAAUUUCACACCAAAAACCGACAAAUCGGAGGAUGUUGCUUUUUGAAACACAAAACACAUUGUCAACGUUGAUUUGUGAAUCACUCGUGCAGCUUUAUCAUUAAAAGAUUUUCCAACCAAGAAAAUUA